CGGCGCACGCGCGGGCGGCGGCGGCGGCGGCGGAGGAUUAAAAUGGAAGAUGAGGAGGUCGCCGAGAGCUGGGAGGAGGCGGCCGACAGCGGGGAAAUAGACAGACGGUUGGAAAAGAAGUUGAAGAUCACACAGAAGGAAAGAAAAUCCAAAUCUCCUCCCCAAGUGCCCAUUGUGAUCCAGGACGACAGCCACCCAGCUGGGCCUUCCCCUCAGAUCCGCAUCCUGAAGAGGCCAAGCACCAACGGAGUGCUCAGCACCCCCAACUCCGCCAGCAGGCCGGCCCUGCCCGUCAAGUCCCUGGCACAGCGCGAGGCCGAGUACGCCGAGGCCAGGAAACGCAUCCUGGGCAGUGCCAGCCCUGAGGAGGAGCAGGAGAAACCCAUUCUGGAUAGGCCGCCGAGGAUCUCGCAGCCGGAGGACAGCCGACAGCCCAACAAUGUGAUCAGACAACCGCUGGGCCCCGAUGGCUCGCAGGGCUUCAAGCAGCGCAGAUAAACGCGGACCAGAGGCGGCGCUGCCAACCGCGGGGACGGACAGACGGACUCGAGCAAAGGGAACUCCCUGGUUUAUUUGCACUGUGAUCCCUCUUUUGCUCUGCCCACUGUGACCUUCAACCCCCACGCACUGUGACCUCCCCUUUCCACACCCACUGUGACCGGCAAACCGAGAAGGGCUUGUCCGUUCUAUCCCCCCCCCCAAAACCAACCCCGUAACCAAAAGGUGGGGGGGGAGAAAAGGGGGGGACAGAAGAGGUUGGGAGGGGGUUGGAAAGGCCUCGGGGUGGGUGCAGGGAGAGCUGCGUGUGUGUGGGUGCGCCGCUGGGGGGGGCAGCUGGCGCCAGCAAUAAUGGUUGUGCUGCGGAGCUGCCGUGCGGGGGCGAAAAGGAAAGAGCAAAGAAGCCGAGGGGAAGGCUCUCCCCGGCUGCACUCGGUGCUCUCACGGCCUACGGAGCAACUCUGCUUUCCAAGGAUCUUUUUUUCUUUCUUUGGAUUCUUGGAUUUGUUGUUUUGAUUUUUCUUUCCCCCCUUCCCCCUUCCCUUCUUUUUGUUUUCCCCGGAGCAGCUCCGCAGAGUGCACGGGAAAGGUUUUUUUUAAAGCCUUGGGUUGAAUUCUGGAGAGGUUUUUUUUUUUACCUCUUCCAAAGGAAAAAAAAAAAAGAGAGAGAGGGGAAAAAAAAGAAAGAAAAAAAAAAGGAGUUUUAGUGAAUUUCUGCCAUUUUCCUGGCUCAGGUUUGACAAACUCCUGCUUCUGGUCCUGUUUCUCCCCCUGCCGAGCGCGGGGAGGUGUCCUCCUGUCGGACCUGGCCUUUCCCAACGCCUUUAGGAGCCUUCAUCUCCUUCAUGUCUUGCACCUCUUCAAGCUUGGCUGGUGUUUUCUGCUGGCUUUUGAGGAGAAGCUUCGAAAUGCAGCUUUUUGUUGGUUGAUUUUCCUCUUUUUUUUUUCUCUUUUCCCUUCUUUUGUGUUUUGGGGAGAAGGGAAUGUAGAUGGAUCCCGUGGAAAUCCUCUCUGCCUGGCUGCUCUGUGAUGCCAGGUGGGGGAAGGAUUAGGGCUCCAUGGUGAGGAGGAGGAGGAGAGCUGGCACCGCUCUGCUCCGUGAAGUAAGGAGGUGGCCCAAGGAGGAGCCCAGCUCUGGACUGUGUGGGACAACAGGAACCGCCACGGCCCCAGGGGCUUCCCGACGCGAAGGCUCCCAGCGGCUCCCAGCGGCCACUCGGUCACGGUACGAGCUGCGUUUGCCUCCAGCAGUGGCAGACAUCAGGGUCAACCCAACAGCCUCGGAUCCAGCGUGGAUGGUGCCACCAUCCUUCCCGGCGCCUUGCCAGGCUUCAGGGAAGGGAUUUUCUUCCUCCAGCUCCCCGGGAAGAGGAUGAGGAGGCUCAGUGCUCUGCGGGAACGUGGCUGUUCCCCCUCGGCUGAAGCUGACCUACCUUACCAUCGCUUGCGAGCGAGGGAUUAGAUGAACACUAAAAGUGCUUCUUGGAGGGGUUGGUUACCUAGAAACCAGGUCUGGUUCUGGAGGGCUGAGGCGGUAGGGGGAGGGGGGGGUGCAGCCUUCCCUGCCUGCAUCGUGCUCGGUAGGUUCGAGGGUAAACGAGCAGAAAGCGGCGCCGGGGAGCGACCCCUGCAGAAAGAGGUGGCUUGGAAACCUGGCUUCGAAACAAACCCAAGCGGGGAAAUAAAACCUCCCUGUGUGCAAACCAACCUGCUGCGGCGUUCAUUAGCUGAUGAAAGCUGCUGGAAGGACCCGGCGCGGUGGGGAUGGGCGGGCAAGGGGCCAGCAGAACGUCCCCAGCUGCUGGGGCUUCGGUUUGGAAGGGAAGGGGGUCUCGUUUAUCCUCUUCCCCCAAGCUUAGGGGGGGUCUGGAGGAGUACCCGACGGGGGUGAGGGGGCAGCGGGAGGGCAGAAGGCUGUCAGCAAUAACCGCAGUCACCGCUCCGCUCCUUAAUGAGCACUAAAGGAUCGCUUUUCAUGGCCAAAACGCCCCAAAGCCACCCAGUUCCCGGGCUGCGCUGGCCAGCGGUAACGGUGCCGUCACCUGCACCCAAACCUCCCCAUUUCCAGCACCCAAAUCGUCGUCUCCAGCACCAAAACCCUCCAUUCCCGUCACCAAAAUCUUCGUCACCGGCGCUGAAAUCUCAGUCACCGAAACCUGCCGGUUGCUCCAUCCCGGUGCCCAGGAUACGUCCCCGCCCGCGGGCAGGGCUCGGCGGCGUUCCUGCGGGAAGCUCCUUCGUGCCCCCGGCCCCGGGGGAAGGUGGAGGAGCGAAGCCGGGAACUGCCUGUUCUCCCCCCACACCCGCGCCGGGAAGAAAACCCCUUUUAUAAAUGGUAUUUUAAAAUAAAUGUCUUUAAACUUUUA